UCCGGAAGUGCCAUUAACAGUCUUGAAUGUUUUGGUUGUUUCCUGAAACAUCAUUCUAACGGCGUGUAUAACAUGUCGACCAUACCACCAACCGUGAAUGAUCAACCGGUACUGCAUCGGCGGGAGUUUGAGGAGCUAGACAGUCGAAUAAGAUGUCAAUCUCAUAAUCCAUCCAACUACACAGAAAGGAAAACGUUCCAGGAUGACCCCAGAGGCAGACCACUUGGAUCUAGGUGGCAAGACCCUCCUGGUGACCCCGGGACUUGGUGGUCAUGCCUCUCUGGUGACCCCGGAACCACGUCCCACCCAGUUGCUGACCCCAGAGCCAGGUUAUGCCGCUCCAGCGACCCCAGGGCCAGACCACUCCCAGCCGGUGACCCUACGGCAAGGUGGCCAAGCAUUGACGACCUCACAACCAGACCUCAGGUGGACGACUGCGAGCGGAUGGGGACUCUGUUUGGGCAGCUGAACAAGUGCCUGCGCAGUGCAGGCUUCACCCAGAUGUACUUUGGGGAGAAGAUUGUGGAGCCUGUGAUCAUCAUCUUUUUCUGGGUCCUACUGUGGUUCCUGGGCAUCCAAGCUCUGGGGCUGGUGGGGACUCUGUGCAUUGUCAUCAUCUUCAUCCAGAAGUAACUGGAUCUCCGGCCUGUUUGAUUGGCAGUUGGGAGCUCCAGUGUAUAAAAAUGAAAAAACGUGAACUUACAGCGUGAGUCCCUCACUGUCUUUUCUGUUUGCAAUAAGGCUUCCUAGAUUUGUUGAGCGUUUCUCGAUGCUCAGCUUCAUACCGGCCAAUGUACGCUAUAUGGAUGAACAUUUUAGAGUGCUGACGAAUAAAAUGGAGGCCUUGCUCCUAACUACCGGUU